AUGGAGUAUCUGCUCAAAUCAAUCCCGACGUUCGAACACAGGAAGAAGACGCAAGAGGAGGAAGAGGGAGUGGAAAGAGACGAGUAUGGACUAGAGCUCAACCGGCCGCCGUCGACUGAAGCCAAGAACCCCAAAGCCAAGCCAUCGACCGCACUCAAGUUCGGAAGCUCAGCAGUCUCAAAGCCAUUGCCCCCGGCCUCCCUUCACGGCCUCAGCCAGCAGCAGCUACAAUCCGACCAGGCCGAUCCCCUACUCCGUCCUCGAAUCGUUCUCCUUCAUGACCUUAUCCUCGAUCAUCCCAACUCCGAACUCGAACUCUUCCUCAGCCAGUCCGCCAACGACCAUCCUGACCCUCAGGAAUUCUCAAGAAUCAUUAACGGAUAUCUUAACGGGUACACAGCUUUCCACCAAGCAUGCGAUGCAGGCGACCUGAAAAAAGUACAGAUGUUGUGUGGGGCAGGGGUUGAUCGGGGAUUGAAGGACGAGACGGAUGGGUUGACGGGGAUCGAGUUGGCUCAGGAGGCCGGGAGGACGGAGGUGGUGGGAUUCCUUGCGAGCCUUCCGUAA